AUGGACGAGGCGACGCACAUGGUUUAUAAUGUCGGCAAGACUUUUGCUAAGAAAGCCAGAUCAGCACCUGCCGUUCAGCAAUACCAUAGCCCCAUGAGGCAGCACAAGAGGACGCCAAGUCAACAUCGCGAAGUCAAGGAAACUCUCAAUGCCAUUUCCGAGUACACCAGCGAUGAUCCAGACGGGACAAAACUCAGGAUCAAUCAAUAUGUCAUCAAGGAGGAGAUUGGCAGAGGAUCUUAUGGAGCCGUGCAUCUGGCCACAGAUCAGUUUGGCAAUGAAUAUGCCAUGAAGGAGUUUUCCAAAAGUCGAUUGCGGAAACGAGCGCAAUCCAACAUUCUGAAGCGACCUGGUGGCCUCAGACCCGGACGAGGGAUGCGGUCGCCAUGGUCUGCACACAAAAGGGAACUUAGUGAGCACGAUGCUGCCGAGGCAAAAGAUUCUCUCUUUUUCAUCCGGGAAGAAAUUGCCAUCAUGAAAAAGCUGAAUCACCCAAACCUGGUGUCCUUGAUCGAGGUCCUCGACGAUCCCGAAGAGGAUUCGCUUUGGAUGGUUCUUGAGAUGUGUAAAAAGGGCGUCGUCAUGAAGGUUGGCCUAGACAGCGACGCCGAAGCCUAUAGUGCAGAACAGUGCAGACAUUGGUUUCGCGACUUGAUUUUGGGCAUUGAAUACUUACAUGCACAAGGUAUUAUACAUCGUGAUAUCAAACCGGACAACCUUCUUUUGACGGAAGACGACUGCCUCAAGAUCGUGGACUUUGGAGUAUCGGAAAUGUUUGAAAAGUCUGCCGACAUGAGGACAGCCAAAUCUGCCGGUUCGCCAGCCUUCCUUCCUCCUGAGUUGUGCAUGGCCAGGCACGGCGAUAUAUCAGGAAAGGCCGCGGAUAUAUGGUCCAUGGGCAUUUCAUUAUACUGUCUCAAGUUUGGCAGACUGCCUUUCCAUCGUGACAACGUUCUAGAAAUGUACGAUUCUAUUCGCACAGAAGAGCUUCCUAUUCCAUCCGACGAGGAUCCGAACCUCUCAGACCUCCUGCGGCGGAUCCUCCAAAAGGACCCGGAGCAGAGGAUCACCAUGGCAGAGAUGAGGAAUCAUCCUUGGGUCACCAAAGAUGGCGAGGACCCUCUUCUAUCUGAAGGGGAGAACAUUACCGAACUCGUAGAGCCACCAAACGAGCUUGAAGUCAAUCAUGCGUUGACACGUAAGAUGAGUCAUAUGUUGACUGUUAUGAUAGCCAUCAACAAAUUCAAAGGGCUCAUUUACAAGAGCCGCGUUGGAACCCCUGACCUCAAAGCAUCGCAUCGGAUGUCGAGGACGUUGGAAGUGCCUAGAGCAGCUGAGAUAGAACUGCCUCAAGAAUCUUCGAAACAUUCCUCGCCAGCAAACUCUGGUAACACAACUCCGACUGCAGAAGAACCGCAGCAGGAGAAUCGACCUCGGAACAAAUCCAACGCCGAAGAGGCCGCCGAGUUGGUGAAAGCACGCAAAGCCUAUCUUGCCUCAAACGGUCAUCCUGCCCGAAGCGGAGCACCCGACGUGAAGGGCCAAACCCAAAAUUCCAGCGAAGGAGCGCCCGCCUUUUUGGGAAUCGGCCUCGGCGACCACGAUGAAUUUGCAGGUUCGGAAACGCCUGCGGAUUUCGUGUCUGAUUCGCCGACCGGGAUUGAUUUCAACGUGUACGACCGUGCAUUCGAGGCAGAAAUGGAGCGUAUUCGUUCUGAGAAACGUGGGCCUCGUCGGACAACAUAUCUCACCAAGCUUGUCAACGAGAAGGAAAAGUACUUUGGCGAUGAUUGCAUGAUCCUUGAGGCGGGUCGCAGUCUACCGGCUCUUGCAUCUUCCGGCUACAACAAGGCUAGCUCGGCAGCAGUCAGGACAUUGGGUCAUAUGGGUUUGGCACACCGCGAGGGUGCCGGUGCUGGCGAGGAGAGCUCCAAGACUGAGCAUCUCAGACAAGCACUCGAAGCGAAAAAGCUCGAAAGUCGUGACUCAGUUCAGGCUGUCAAGGAAAGGGGACACAAAUUCGCAGAGCUCGUCAUGGGUACAAUGGCGAGUGCCAAGGCCAAAGCAACGGGAGAGGCCAAGGAGCAGAAAGAUUCCUAG